CUGGUGAACCGUAGUUGACUGGAUGAAAAAGGAGUAGUAAAUGUAAAUUAAUUGGAUUAAGAGAAAAUAUCGUUAUUACAUAAAAGCUGGCAAUAAAUUCAAACGGCAGAUGUAAUUAACACGGCGUGAUUGAUUAUUAAAGAGGAAAAGCUAUUAGCUUUUUUCGCCCCUUUUCCUAUUCAUUAACUGAGUUGGAGAAAGUUGACUAGUUCUGUUCUCUAUAUAUAAAACACAACUCGACUAACCUACGGAUUUCACUCCUGAAUCUCGUUCCUUUAAAAUCCCAUGUUUCAUGAUUAUGUUCGUUCCACGAUUCUGACAAUCUAGUGGAACGUAUUGGGGUUUUUUGUUUGUUGGGGUGGUUUUAGUUUUAAUGAAAAAUAAUCAUGCCUCUUUCAUCGUGGAAGAAGAAGGUGAAGAAGAACAACAAUAAUAUUUCUCAAUUCUUCAGAGAUCAAAUACAAUCGUCCCAAAGGGUUGUUGUGGAAACGGGUUUUCCGACCAUCCUCGUCGAUUUGAUUGUUAAAAAUCGUCGUCGAAGAUUGAAGAGAUCUUCCGAGAUUGAAGUACAGGGUGGGGGGAAAUUGAAUUCCUCUGUUCCGGAAUCUUCUCUGCCGACGCCUUCGCCAUUGGAGUUGCAACAACGGCCUUCUCCGCCGCCGACCCUUUUGAAUGAUAUGGUGGAGGAAAAGGUUGAUCGGGAGAUUAGGGAUGGCGAGAAUUGUAAAGGGUUGUUGAUGGCGUUGCUGAUGGGGGCCUUUUUGGUGGUUUUAGCUUUAGGGGCGAAGAAAUUUGCUGUGGGAUUAACCUUGUCGGCUUUUGUAUUGAUUUUUGUGGAGUCUUUGCGCAAGCGUUGUUGUUUCGGAGUUUUUAUCCCCUGUUCAGUUUCGAGAUUCAUGGGAAUUAAGGAAGCGAAGUUGGAAGAGGAGAGGAAGUGUGAAAGUUCUAAUUCCAGGAGGAUAAUCACUCCGAAUCACAAAGACUCUGUUGUUGAAACUAAGAGUGUUAAGAUAAAGAGCUUAUUGUUGGAUUCUAAUGAUGAAUCUGGCUCUGAUGGAAAUUUGAAACGAAGAAAACCAGAUUCACUGGCGGUUCUCCUUGAGGAAGCUUAUGAUUCGGAGAGUAAGAAGAAGAAAAAAUCUGGGAAAGCUAAGAUGAAAUCAACAUUGAAGCACGUCUUCGCUAAGAAAUCAUCUAAAAAGGGAAAGAAAGCAGGAAUCUCCGGAAGCAAUCCAACCCUAACCGAAGAGAAUGAUGCAGUAAACAAUUUGGAGCAUCGUGAUGGCAAUUCGUCAUCCAUCUCCAGUGGAAGUCAUGAAGCGGAAGAAGCAAUUGAAACACUGAUUUCUGUAUCUGAUUCCGACACAGACAACUUGGUGAUGGCGGUGGCAGAGGGAGAAAGCCAGAGAAGUGGAAAUUUUGGGUACUUGUUUCUGUGCAUAAUAGUCCUGAUUGGGCUCUAUGGAGGCAGGAUUUUUGCACUCUUGCUCAUCUUGACCUUCUGUCUGGUGAAGAAAUCUGGUGGGAAGUUAAGAAGAUACGCUGGGUUUUGCCUUUGAUUGGUUGCUGUCGGAAUUCUCAAUUCUGGGGUUUGGCGAGAUCUUUGUAGGUUUUGUUUGUUGUAUCAUGAAAUCUUGAUGAAUUGUUUCAGUUGUUCUUGGAGCUCAGGAAAGUAAAGUCUUUUUUCUGAAUGCUUUGAUGUAAAUUUACAGAAAUCCAGUUAUAGAUUGUGAAACAUCUUUCCUGUUGUUUUGUUCUUCCUGUUUUUGCUUGUGGUCCUUGUGGAUCGAAAAGUUCUUUUUUUUUUUUUUCCUUGUCACCAGAUAAUUUCGACCUAUUACUGUAAUAAGCAUGAAAAAAUCUAGGUGGUGAGUGACUGACAGUACUCUAGACAAAAUCAGAAAAGAAUAAAAUAAAUGGCUUCUCACAGCAUUUUUC